AUGUUCCUGAGCAGGCCAAACACAGAACAACGCGAAGAGAUUCUGAUCGAUGCCGUCAGAAACAAGAGAGCUGAGUGGGUGCUGAAAGAACUCGAGAAGUCCACGGACAACGAAUGGAUCAAACACUCACUGAAAGGGUUCAAACUCCUUCAGGCCGCAGUUGUGAACGGGUUUGUCGGACUGACGACGUACAUACUCGACACAUUUCCAGAAAGGCUCAACUUUCAAGACCUCUAUGGAAAGUCGGUGUUGUUCUAUGCAGUCGAGAAACAGCAGUGGGAUGUCGUUGAGUACUUGAUGACAAAGUCGAUCAAUUAUAACUUGGUCGAAAAACAUGGAAAUACAGUGUUGCACAUCGUUGCGGCGCAAAAAAUGCCGAAAGAGAAAAGCACAACGCAAUUGGAGCUCGUAAAACGGCUCGUUUCGAGGAGGGUUGUUGUGAAUGCACGGAACGACUUGGGAGAAACACCAUUGCACAUAGCGUGCCUCUAUGCGAAUAAAAGUCUCGUUGAGACGUUGUUGAGCCAUAAGGCAAAAGUAGAAGUCGAGAGUUGGAAAGGAAUGACGCCAUAUGAAUACUCAUUGUAUUCUGAUCAAAUUGUUGUUGAUUUGUCGCAAAUGAGCGACGAGGACGUGUCGAGCAAGGGAAGCCCAAGCGAUUUGGAACUGCCAAAAGACUCGCCUGACGUGAGCAGCGAACAUUCUGACCCUAGUACAUGCGAAAAAAAGAGAGUUGUCAUGAAUAAGGACAAUGUUGGGGUUAUUAGACAAAAUUUGUCACCAUCGUUAUUCAAAAGGGACUACUCCCCACGUUUCCGUAAACACGAAAAACAGCGUUCACUCGACUCUCUCGAUGAGUCUAAAAUCAUGACAGCUAGUAAAGGCUCGACUAAGUUGGUCAACGGCAAUUUCUCGCCAGACGAUGUUAAAUUUGUGAAAUACCGAAAAUACGGAAUCGACGAGGAGCGGUACAAAAAGCUCGAACAAACAGCCAUUGAGAUGGGAAAGAAUAUGAACAAACCGAAAAUGCUACCACCUCGCCCGGAAUACACCAAGGGGAAGAAGUUUAGAGUACUGUCUCUUGACGGCGGAGGAGUCAAGUGCGUUUAUCAGUGCGCAGUCCUUAAAAAAAUCAGCGAAAAGUUCCCCAAUUUUUUCAAUGAAAUCGAUUUGAUCACGGGGGUUAGUGCAAGUUCCCUUCCUUGUGCUGCCAUUUGUCUUGGGCUUGAUCUCGAAACGACGCAAAAAAUGAUGGAAGCGAUGUUGUACGAAACUUUCACAAGAGAAAUCCACAAAGCAGGAAUUGCAGGGCACCAAUACUCGAAUAAGUUUCUCUUUGUGAUGGGGGACCAGGUAUUUGGUAAUUUGAAACUGGAAGAUGUGACCAAAAAAAUGUGUAUCCCAUCGUUUCUGAUUGACACGGGAAAAAACUCUGAAGAGAGGGAGUCUAAAAUAAUGGCGUACAACAACUUCGAUGGCAGUGAAGUGCCGUACUCUCUCACAGAGGUGUGUAUCGAAUCUGCAGCAGCUCCGGGGUACUUUGGGUCGGUCGACGGACAUCUUGAUGGUGGAGUAAUCAUGAACGAACCAUGUGGGAUUGUCAUGCCAAUGAUCCUUGGGGAGUACGGACUCAACGUAGACAAGGACGAUCUUGUCAUUCUUUCUCUUGGGGCUGGCUAUCCAGCGGCGCCUUACAUUCCACUCGAAAACGUUUUUGAUGCCGGGGUUGUCAAGUGGAUGCCACACAUGCCCGAUUUGCAUAUCGAAAGUCGUAAGUUCUUUGUGGAGCUUGAGGCGAAACUCAUGUUGGGUGAUCGGUUCUUCCGACUCAACCCAAAGUUGCCACAUUAUGUCGACUUGGACGAUUGCAAAGAUAUGGAACUCAUCAAAGAGAUGGGAAACUCGGUUGACAUGACGGAAACGUUCGCAUGGCUUGAGAGAAACUGGUAA